AUGGUGGAUAUUAUUUUUCAUUAUCCUUUUCUGGGUGCUAUGGGGGAUCAUUCCAAGAAGAAGCCCGGGACCGCCAUGUGCGUGGGCUGCGGGAGUCAGAUCCACGACCAGUUUAUCCUUCGGGUGUCGCCCGACCUCGAGUGGCACGCCGCCUGCCUCAAGUGCGCCGAAUGCAGCCAGUACCUAGAUGAGACGUGCACGUGCUUCGUGAGAGACGGGAAGACCUACUGCAAGCGGGACUACGUAAGGCUGUUCGGCAUCAAAUGCGCCAAGUGCCAGGUGGGCUUCAGCAGCAGCGACCUGGUGAUGCGAGCGCGGGACAGCGUAUACCACAUAGAGUGCUUCCGCUGCUCGGUGUGCAGCCGUCAACUGCUGCCCGGAGAUGAGUUCUCACUGCGGGAGCACGAACUGCUCUGCCGCGCAGACCACGGCCUCCUGCUUGAGCGCGCCGCGGCCGGCAGCCCGCGCAGCCCCGGCCCGCUCCCCGGAGCCCGCGGCCUGCAUCUGCCAGACCCUGGGUCGGGCCGACAGCCCUCACUGCGCCCGCACGUGCACAAGCAGACAGAGAAGACAACCCGCGUGCGGACUGUGCUCAACGAGAAGCAGCUGCACACUCUGAGGACGUGCUACGCCGCCAACCCGCGGCCAGAUGCUCUCAUGAAGGAGCAACUUGUGGAGAUGACCGGUCUGAGCCCGCGGGUCAUUCGCGUCUGGUUCCAGAACAAGCGGUGCAAGGACAAGAAGAAAUCCAUUCUUAUGAAGCAGCUGCAGCAACAGCAGCACAAUGACAAGACGAGCCUGCAGGGACUGACCGGGACGCCCCUGGUGGCGGGCAGUCCCAUUCGCCACGAGAGCGCGGUGCAGGGCAGCGCAGUGGAGGUGCAGACCUACCAGCCUCCAUGGAAAGCACUCAGCGAGUUCGCACUCCAGAGUGACCUGGACCAACCAGCCUUCCAGCAGCUGGUCUCCUUCUCCGAGUCCGGUUCCCUAGGCAACUCCUCUGGCAGCGACGUGACCUCCCUGUCCUCGCAGCUCCCGGACACUCCCAACAGUAUGGUGCCGAGUCCCGUGGAGACGUGA